AUGUCGACAACAACUGUCACCGAGACCGUCGCCAUCACGGCAGAAAACGUCGCUACUCUCUUCCCCGAUGUCGAUACGUCUCUCGCCCGCUCAAUCCUUCCUUCUUCGAACGACCCCUCCGUGCGCCAGGGUGGUGAUCUCGAGGGUUACGAUGAGGAGCAGGUCAGAUUGAUGGAGGAAGUCUGUAUUGUCUUGGACAAUGACGAUAAGCCCAUCGGCAGUGCAAGCAAGAAAACCUGCCACUUGAUGACAAACAUCAACCGCGGACUUUUGCACCGUGCGUUCUCCGUCUUUCUGUUCGACUCUCAAAACCGCCUGCUGCUCCAACAACGAGCUGCUGAAAAGAUUACUUUCCCUGAUCUGUGGACGAAUACCUGCUGCUCUCACCCCCUCGGAAUCGCAGGCGAGACCGGCGCAGAGCUAUCCGCUGCCGUUGAAGGAGUCAAGAGAGCCGCCGUGCGCAAGCUCGACCAAGAACUAGGAAUCAAAGCCGAGCAGGUCCCUAUCGACAAAUUCAAAUUCUUAACUCGAAUUCAUUAUCUUGCCCCUAGUGACGGGAAAUGGGGCGAACACGAGAUUGACUACAUCCUCUUCAUCAAAGCCGACGUUGACGUCGUACCAAACCCCAAUGAAGUCCAAGAUACCAAAUACGUCACCCCCGAAGAACUCAAGAGCAUGUUCGCCAACCCUGAGCUCAAAUUCACUCCUUGGUUCAAAUUGAUCUGCAACACUAUGCUGUUUGAGUGGUGGAGCCAUUUUGGCACUGAGACUUUUGAUAAAUACUUGCUAGAGAAGGAGAUUCGCCGGAUGUGA